GCUGCGUGCGAUUAUCUCUGGGGAUCAUCCUCGUCAUUAUAGAGAGGCUGCGCGAACAAUGCCCUGCUGAAAAAGGAUUCUGGUCAAGAUGCUGCGGCGUGCAACUGCAGCCCUCUUCAUCUUGGUGAUUGCUACUUCCAUGUCGCAACUCACUCAGAAAUUAACAAGUACCAAUCGAGAUGGAGAAGUGAUUUUAAGCAUCAGCGAUGAACAAAAAAUUCAGUACUUAAGCCAAAACUUUGAAGCAGAUGCAUACAAAUAUGGUUACGAUGUCAACCCACAUGGACAAUUUCAUCACGAAAUACGUGGCCUACAUGGGAUUACCUAUGGAUGUUAUGGCUACGUUGAUCCCUUUGGCCAUCUAAAAACAACGUUUUAUAUCAGUGACGGAUGGGGUUAUCGCGUUGUUCAACCAGGGAAAGACGUGGAACUUUUCCUUCACAAGCAUGAACAUCAUGAAAACGGAGACAAACAUGAUCAUCACGAGCAUCAUGGUGUGAUUACACCAUGGCGAGAGUUACAUUUCCCCAUGGUGUGUGCGCAAUACACAAGCACGAACAUUCCAUCAAGUGAAGGAACAGCACCUAUUGGAAGCGGAUCAAUGAUUGAAACAAAACCAACUCGACCUCCUUAUAAACCUAGCUCAUCAGGACAUCCUGGUAUCCCUGGUACUCCAGGAACACCAGGAAAACCAUCAUAUCCAGGGCAUCCAGGGACUCCUGGCAUCCCUGGUACUCCGGGCACGCCAGGAAAACCAGGAACACCAACAUACCCAGGACAUCCAGGAACUCCCGGCAUCCCUGGUACUCCAGGAACACCAGGAACACCGUCAUAUCCAGGGCAUCCAGGAACUCCCGGCAUCCCUGGUACUCCAGGAACACCGUCAUAUCCAGGGCAUCCAGGACAUCCUGGUAUCCCUGGUACUCCAGGAACACCAGGAAAACCAUCGUAUCCAGGGCAUCCAGGGACUCCUGGCAUCCCUAGUACUCCAGGCACGCCAGGAAAACCAGGAACACCAACAUACCCAGGACAUCCAGGAACUCCCGGCAUCCCUGGUACUCCAGGAACACCAGGAACACCGUCAUAUCCAGGGCAUCCAGGAACUCCCGGCAUCCCUGGUACUCCAGGAACACCGUCAUAUCCAGGGCAUCCAGGACAUCCUGGUAUCCCUGGUACUCCAGGAACACCAGGAACACCGUCAUAUCCAGAGCAUCCAGGGACUCCUGGCAUCCCUAGUACUCCAGGGAGACCUGGAAUUCCAGGAAAACCAUCAUAUCCAGGGCAUCCAGGAACUCCCGGCAUCCCUGGUACUCCAGGAACACCGUCAUAUCCAGGGCAUCCAGGAACUCCCGGCAUCCCUGGUACUCCAGGAACACCGUCAUAUCCAGGGCAUCCAGGAACUCCCGGCAUCCCUGGUACUCCAGGAACACCGUCAUAUCCAGGGCAUCCAGGAACUCCCGGCAUCCCUGGUACUCCAGGAACACCGUCAUAUCCAGGGCAUCCAGGAACUCCCGGCAUCCCUGGUACUCCAGGAACACCGUCAUAUCCAGGGCAUCCAGGAACUCCCGGCAUCCCUGGUACUCCAGGAACACCGUCAUAUCCAGGGCAUCCAGGAACUCCCGGCAUCCCUGGUACUCCAGGAACACCGUCAUAUCCAGGGCAUCCAGGAACUCCCGGCAUCCCUGGUACUCCAGGAACACCGUCAUAUCCAGGGCAUCCAGGAACUCCCGGCAUCCCUGGUACUCCAGGAACACCGUCAUAUCCAGGGCAUCCAGGAACUCCCGGCAUCCCUGGUACUCCAGGAACACCGUCAUAUCCAGGGCAUCCAGGAACUCCCGGCAUCCCUGGUACUCCAGGAACACCGUCAUAUCCAGGGCAUCCAGGAACUCCCGGCAUCCCUGGUACUCCAGGAACACCGUCAUAUCCAGGGCAUCCAGGAACUCCCGGCAUCCCUGGUACUCCAGGAACACCGUCAUAUCCAGGGCAUCCAGGAACUCCCGGCAUCCCUGGUACUCCAGGAACACCGUCAUAUCCAGGGCAUCCAGGAACUCCCGGCAUCCCUGGUACUCCAGGAACACCGUCAUAUCCAGGGCAUCCAGGAACUCCCGGCAUCCCUGGUACUCCAGGAACACCGUCAUAUCCAGGGCAUCCAGGAACUCCCGGCAUCCCUGGUACUCCAGGAACACCGUCAUAUCCAGGGCAUCCAGGAACUCCCGGCAUCCCUGGUACUCCAGGAACACCGUCAUAUCCAGGGCAUCCAGGAACUCCCGGCAUCCCUGGUACUCCAGGAACACCGUCAUAUCCAGGGCAUCCAGGAACUCCCGGCAUCCCUGGUACUCCAGGAACACCGUCAUAUCCAGGGCAUCCAGGAACUCCCGGCAUCCCUGGUACUCCAGGAACACCGUCAUAUCCAGGGCAUCCAGGAACUCCUGGUAUCCCUGGUACUCCAGGAACACCAGGAACACCGUCAUAUCCAGGGCAUCCAGGGACUCCUGGCAUCCCUGGUACUCCAGGGAGACCUGGAAUUCCAGGAAAACCAUCAUAUCCAGGGCAUUCAGGGACUCCUGGCAUCCCUGGUACUCCAGGUAUACCGGGAAAACCAGGAAUACCGUUACAUACAGGGUAUCCAGGAACUCCUGGAAUUCCUGGUACUCCAGGAACGCCAGGAAAACCAGGAACACCAACAUAUCCAGGGUAUCCAGGAACUCCUGGAAUUCCUGGUACUUCAGGCACGCCAGGAAAACCAGGAACGCCAACAUCUAUCCCAGGCAUUCCAGGAAAACCAUUAGGACCAUCAUAUCCAGGGUAUCCAGGAACUCCUAGCAUCCCUGGUAUUCCAGGCAUACCUGGUAUACCAGGAACACCAGGACGACCAGGAACGUCAUCAUAUCCUGGACAUCCAGGAACUCCAGGCAUUCCCGGAAUAGUCGAAUUAUACCCAACAUAUCCUGGUAUACCUGGAACUCCGGGAACAUCAUAUCCAGGACACAUAGGAAUUAGUAUCGCUAGCACAUCUGGCACUCUCGGUAUAUCAGAAAUAUCUGAAAAUCUAGGAAAACCAAUAUUGUCAUAUCCUGGAUAUCCUAUUUACCCUGUUACAUCAGAAACACCUAAUGUACCUUUACAUUCUGAGACGCUAGGUAAACCAGAUGAUUUAUUAUAUCCCGGGAUUACCACUACACCAAAUAGGCCAUGCAUUUCUUUCAAGCCGAAUAAACCAGGUUAUCCAGGUUAUCCUACGUAUCCAGAAUAUACAGAAGAUUCAAAGAAUCCAGAAGGGCCAAUAGGACCUGAGGGUCCGGUGGGAAGUGUAGGUCCGAUUGGUGAUAUUGGUGGCAUUGGAGGUGUCGGUGGCGUUGGUCCUGAUGGUCCCGACGGACCAUGGCCAACCGGUUCCCCGGGUCCUGAUGGACCAUGGCCUGGUGAUCCAGAUUAUAUACCCGGAAUAAAACCAACAAGAAAACCUUCGCAUAAAAGUUCAAUAAAUCAUUCUACCAUUGAGUCAUUUGAUACAGACAGAUAUAACUCUUUCUCGAAAUAUAGUUUUAAUAAUAAAACUGAUUCUUCGUAUACGGGCUAUACUCUAAAGGAUAUCAAAUUGUCAAAGUUGUCACACCCAGCAAAAGUUAAUACAUCAUUAUAUAUAAAGCAUAGUCAGUAUAGACCUCAAUACGGAAUUCAAUCCAUGUCGUCAAUCUAUGGGGAAAAAGAAACUACCUACAACGCAAAUAAAAUUAAUUCACUGUUGCAAACAGAUCUGACACCGUCAUCAUUGAAAUAUGAGAUCGAAGAUUAUCAAUAUACAGAUGUGUUAAAACCGAAUUCACAAUUUUAUAAUCACUUGAUACAUACAGGAUCGCAACAAAUAAAGAAACCUUCGAAAAAUAAUUUCAAGCAAUUUUCUGUGCAUGAUCGGGAUCAGUACCAAAAGUCAAUAUUUUAUCCAUCAUAUAACUCACAACAGCAAAAGCUUCCUAAAGACUCAGAUCAAUUUGAUAAAUUAAAACAACAAGAAGACAAAUUUAAUGUGGAUGGACAAUAUAAUAAUUCUGCCGAUGUGGAUGGCAAACUGAUUUCUAACAUGUCCUUUCAGUCGGAUGGACCUUCCUCUGCUCCGGACAGACAGGUAAAUGCACGCCUUGAGCAGACAUUCCGGAUGAAUCCCGUUUUCGACGCUAUACGGGUUCAGCCGCCCAGCUCCAUCAACGUCAAGUCCUUAUCGUUACCUGUAGGGCCAAAUUCACAAGCAUGUCCCUGUUACUUAGUCGAGCCGAAUAACAACACAAACGUAGCAACCAGCUCGACUCUCACUUCUAUCAUUGGGCAAUUGGGAUUCAUUCCUGUUAUCUUCGUACCAUACUGUCCUGGUAAAAAGAUGGACAGCAGUAAGAUGAAACUUAUGUUCCCAUCCGCUACUCCUGUUCCAUAUGCAUGCGACACAUGUGAUACACAAGACAACAAAUUUGUUGUAAAAACGCUCGAUAUAAAUCAACUUGGCAAUAUCGACUAUCUCAAAGAGGCAUUAUAUCAAUCCAAUCUUGGCUUUUUGAAUGUUCCAGUUAAGACCAACAUCGAGCGAAGACGAAAGGCGAAAUGAGGAGUGUAACACUAACUUAUUAAGUUUGAGUUGCGAUCGUUCUAAAAAGAGCUUGUCUUCUCCUGGAGAAGAGAAAUAAAUAUAGGAUAUUGGCAUUGCCUGUCCGUCAGCUGCUGGUUAGUUGAUGGAUAGCCAAAUUAAAGAUAUUUGCCGAAAUAACCAAAGCCAAUAGAAUACAUAAAACCUUCAAACUAAAAAUUGAAUUAAUAACAAAUUUUUCCAGUGUGUAUCGUUUUUAUUAAAUUAAUUUAUCCUGUAAAGCUGCAUAAAGGA